AGGUAGUGAACAAUUGAUUUGCUUUUGUUUUGUCUUUAGGAGAUUCAGUUUUAGAGGUGUGUGUGUGGAAGCUGUUACCACUUACCUUAGAAUAUUCGAACAAGAUACCAGGGGCCAGUUCUCUCUUCAGAUUAGUUCAAGAUGGCAGACCAGAGGCAACGUUCGCUCUCUACCUCUGGAGAAUCGUUAUACCACGUGCUGGGCUUGGACAAGAACGCCACUUCAGAUGAUAUCAAGAAAUCAUACAGGGCCUUGUUUGUGUUCUGUGGGCUCAUCACGGGCUGCUAUUGCUGUUGCUGUCUGUGCUGUUGCUGUAAUUGUUGCUGUGGGAAGUGUAAACCUAAACCUCCUGAAGGCGAAGAGCAGGAAUACUAUGUCUCUCCAGAGGACUUGGAGGCACAGUUGCAGUCAGAUGAAAGGGAGGCCUCAGACGCACCUAUUGUGAUACAGCCAGCAUCAGCCACAGAGACGACCCAGCUCACAGCUGACUCGCACCCCAGCUACCACACCGAUGGAUUUAAUUAAGCUAAGGAAACACUGUAAUUAGAAUGGAUUUAAACAAAAAAAAAAAAAAACAACCCCAAAAAAAAAACCCAACAUGGCCAACUCAACACUAGAAUCAUGAACAUUAGAAGUAGAGAAUGGGGAGGGGGAAUAAUUCUGCCACAGUUAAGAAGGCAGCUUUCCAACCUGCCGAAAAUAUUUUGUAAUCCCUUCAGCCUUUUGUCACCUUUCAGUGUCGUAUCUUGACGAUACGUGAAGUGCUGUAGCAUGCAGUAUUUAAAGCAGUUUAGCUACGGUCUUAUUUGUUUCCUCUUUUUUUUUUUUUUCCCUUCGUUUUUUUCCCCCCCUUUUUUUUUUUUUUUAUAGCAUGUAUGGAGUUAUGUUAAAUGUCUGUGGUGUAAUGUAUUGAGUUGUCACAAUAUAAGUGUGAUGGAGACAUUCUGCAUUUUAAGCAGUGGUACUGGCCUAAAAAUGAGAUUUAAAAAGUUUCACAGAAGCCACCAUUCUUCCGUACAGCUGAGCUCUCGAAGACCUUUAAAAGCUCAUGGUUUUCAUUUGAGUGCAACAAACCAAUUCUUCUAUUCCUCCUUGUAUUCCUGCGUUGUUACCUAGACAAGUUUACAAAGCCAAGAACCAAAAAAAAAAAAAUGCCAGUCCUGCAGAGCUGGAGUUCUCUUUAAUGCUGGUUUUCAGCUUAAAUAAAUCUACCUUGAAAAAUAAAAAGGGAGAGUUUCCAAUCUUUGAACAGAAAAUUGAUGAGGCGACCUUCAGUGACAAUGUAACCGCAAACAGUCGCUUGCCACAGAACCAACUGUGAACAGGCUUGUUUGGUGGUGGCGGUGGGAUUUGAACUUCAAGCACAAUUCUGUUUAGUUUGAGUUCAGUUGUUUUCCUGAAAUGCUAAAGACCAAAUAGCGCAGCUUUUUUUUUUUUUUUUUUGGAGUGCAUGAGAAUCUUAAAGUGAAACUGGUUAAUUGGUUUUCGCUGAGCGAGUCAAAUGCAGAGAGUAAGCGACAGCAUAAACAUUUAAAAAAAAAAAUUGGUUUUUAAAAAUUUGGCCUAAUGACUUGAGAUUUUAAUAGACAAAUGGAGUAUUAUGUGUCUUUUUUUAAAAAGCUUUUAUAAUACACUAGCCCUUUAAUUUUCUCAUGAACAUCUUUGUGGAGUACUUUAGUGGAUUUUUAAGAACAAAAUACCUUUCUUUGUAUUUAUAUUGUAUAAUUUGCACAUUGUCUUGCAUUUAGAUUUGUUUACACCACUGUUUUUCUUUUUACUCAGAACAACUAUGGGGAAACCAUUGACAAGUUCCCUGUACUAUCUUGAAACCAAAUCAUAUCUGAAUACUGCUCUAGAAACUGGUUUGUUGAGAUUUAACUGUCUAAAAAGAAGAGAAAAAAAAAAAUCAUUUUAGGCAGCUGCUGAAUUGCUGGUAUAUUUUGUUGUUAAUAAUCCUGCUUUAGAGGAUACAGAGUCAGGAUCUAGAACAGCUACCAGAAGAUCUACACUUGGCACUUUUAGCAGUUAAUUACAGCCUCUUUAAUUUUGAUCUUUAUGGUUUUAUAUCACAAUGCCUCUGCUGUCCUUUGUAUUCCCCCUGUCUCCCCUUUUCAGUUUUCACCUGUUGUUGUUGUUGAGAGGCUAUUUACAGCCUUCCACCUGGUAUUUGCUGCUCUUUUACAAGAUCCAGGUGUUACUUCAGAACGGGUAAAGCACUGUCAGUCUGGAAGAAAACCACCAGAAAAAGAAGGGGACUCUCCUGCCGGAGAAUUGUUCUGAAGAUACCAGAACGCUAUCUUUGCGUGAGCUGAAAAUGAUGGGCCCGCACAAAACGCGACAUGAAACCGCGUUGAACGCGCUGGGUAGAAGAACACGGUCUCGAUGCGAAGCGAGGGGGGGGCGUUUGCAAAAUCAGACUUUGCCGUAGCUGUUGGUACAAGCGUACCCUUGUUGCCUGCACGUGAGCUUGUUGCAGAUAAGCACGAUCCUGACACCACAUCAGGGGUCCCCAGAAUUCAAAACGAAAUGUUACUUUUAAUUGACUGGCUAGAUUUUAGUAGCACACUUACUUCUUCCUUGUCGAUAGUCCUUUUAGACCUGAAAUUGGUGACUUACUGGAAGAUACUUCUUUUUUUUUUUUUUUAUCUGGAAAACUCUUGGGCGGCCUUGAGGACAGGCGUGUAUGGUUUAGCUUGAGGUCCUUAUUUAAUUAAAGUCUUUGUUUGACCCGUUGGAAUGAAAUGAAAAGCAGUUUUUUAGGCUUAAAAAAACCAAAAAAGCUCAUAUCAACUGUUCUUGAUGUCAAAUUGCACGCUGGAAUAUGCCUGAAUAUCUGCAGGCUUUCUCCUCUCGAAACUCAGUGGUUAAAAUAGCCCUUAUCUGCGCAAAUUAUUCUUAGUUAAAAAAAAAAAUAAAAUUGUUAGGGGUUUUUUUUUGGGGGGCUUUGUAAACGAGCAUAGUUGACCAGGGUGACUCGUUAGAGUGAGGAAGAGGCUGUUCCCUGCGUGCCGUGGUUUGCCAUCCUCCAUCUCCCCACCUUCACCUCACACAAAACCAGUCGUUACCGUUGUUGCUCCACCGCGGAGCAGCUGUGACCCCCGAUACUGGGGGCUGGUUGUCGGCCUUAAUUUGGAAUAAUACUCUUUAUUUCUCAACCUCUCUGGGCUACUUAUACGGAACUUCGAAAGGCUGGUGGGAGGUGGGGGGGUUGCUCUGCAGGCUCCAGACAUCGGGACUGAAACGUGGGCAGCGAGGGAGGGUUAGAGGCGAUGCCGUUACCUGUGUUCUGUGCUGCUUGGGGAAAGGUGACAGCCGGGAUAAAUUUCCUGGCUUAGUUCUUCGCUUAGCAAGGCAGGAGUUUGAGAGGGACUGCUUUCCCUUCAGCUGUGUCUGUGGGCGCUGCGUGAACAGUAAAUUAGUCUCUUAUCUGCCAGAACGAUGUUAGAUGCUCCAAGGGAAACUGCGCUGAGAUCCCAGAAUGACAGGAAAACACGUUUUUAGAUUAAUAUUCACUCUUUUAAGUUUGCCCGUGUUACAUUAAUUUCUGAAUUUAAAAUUAACAUGUAUUAAUGUAGAUCUUGAAGCAAGCUAUUUAAACAUGGCUUCUUUAAAACUCGUGUCGCCAGAAGAUAGGUUAAUGCCCACCUUUGUUUCCAGCUCUUGUAGGCCAGGUACAAGAGUAUCCCGGCUCUAACUUGAGUUGCACUUCAGCAUCGCCAAGCUCAAUCCUUGUAAACACAAGGACUGAGCGGUUAAAAGCCCGGUGCAGAGGGUCACUCGGGGGUGUGGAGCUGUGGUGUCCCCUCCCGAGCUGCACAGCGCUGCAGCCCGUUCCCUGCCUUACAUGCAAAAUGUUUCCUUCCAAAAUUAAACCUGAGCACUGUUGAUCUCUGUUCAGCGCGUUGCCAGAAUUAAAACUUGAGCUUUGGUUUUGAUUUUUUUUUUUUUUUAAUGUGGUUUUCGUUUCUUAAAAGUUGUAUCAUUUUUUUACAAGUUGCCUGAGACCUCUGUUUCAGUCGUUGAGCCAACUCCCUCUAGCUCAUCAAACCUCUUCAGCACCAGGUUAUUUUAGCACUUGUAGCUCCUCCUGACGAGGAGUAUCGGGGAGAAUCUGCUCUGCAGAGCUUCUGCUGGCUGGCGUUAAGGACCACUGACUGUUCCUGAGCUGUACUGUGUGGAGAACAGCUUGUAGCUUGGGGGGGGGAGCAGGGAGAGCUCGGGGGGGGAGGGCCCGGAGGAGGAGGAGGAGGUGCUGGAGGUGCUGGACCUGCCCGGUCCUCCCUGGAGAUGGGGAAAUCCCCAACGCACUGUCAUAGAAACGCUUCACUUGAAGUGAAUGAAGGGGCAUUGCACCCGUUAAAUGCCAGUUUCGUUUUGUUCGUGAUGUUUGUAGGAAAUUCUUAAAUAUUUAUCUGUAUAUAAAUUUGUUCCCGUAAACCCCGGUGGCGUCCCAUAGGGUGUAGAUUUCUGCUGAUUCCACGCAGUGAUGUUUUAGAGCCAUGUUACCUUUUUAGUCUUUAAUUUUUUUAGAUUUGUAACAUUUUUAAACUGCUUUAGAUAUUAGCGCUCAUAGUGUUCUUAAAAACGUGAUGCUCUUGGAGGUUCAGGUGAGCACAGCCCGCAGAAAGAGGCGGGAGGAAGGCUGGAAACACCGAGUCCUGCCGCAGGGCUCUGCUCGGGGGAGUAGAGUUUCCAAAACCCUUCGUGUCAGCCUGUAAAACGCGACGGCUGUAACCGGGGCAGGAGCCUGACUGCAGAGAUAUUCCUGUCCCAUCCGUGAAGCGGUUCUGUGGUGCGGUGUGGAGGGACGCCAGCGUGCUGUGGGGAUGGGGGGGUGUUAGAUCAGAGCAUUUGUACCGUGUGUGUGUUCCCUGAGAGAGGUACCUGCGUUUCUCACCUUUGUCCGCUGCCCUUGGGCGUUCUGGACAUUUCCAGAUAAUUUUGGAGAUGUGUUUGUGCUGGCAGGUUUUUCUACCCGAUGCGACUGGGCACCGGCGUCACGUUUAUCAGGACGCUCUUGCAAGGUGGCCGGGGAGGCUUUUGCACCCCCUGCCUCAUGUUAAUAAUUCUGGAUGCUGUUUAAAUCCGUGUUAACCUUCGAGCACUGAAACGUAACCCCCCCAGCACAAGUGCUUAUCGCGUAAGGUCGGUAUAAACUUAACAUGCUUCAUCAUUUGAUGCUGCUUCUCUGUAUCCUAGUGGAAAUCAUCUAGCUCGCAGUGUAUUAUUGCACCGACAACUGCUUAAAAUAUCCCGAGCGAAAUGUUAACUGAUAGGUAACAAGGUGGCAGGAAAUCUGUCAGCGUUCACGUCCUGCAAGAACCGGGGCCCGCUCCGCGUCCUGCCUCGGGAGGCUCGCGUGCUCUCUGGGACUCGGCCAGACUGAAAUUCCCAUUUCCUUCCAAGAAGAUGCUUUCUUUACCAGGAGAAACGGCGUGGGGGAAGCUGUCUGACGUUUGCACAAGCCAAAUGCCAUAAACCUGGAAGACAAACCUUCGUUCGGAAAUCAGAUGCCAACGUUACAUGCGCAGUUAAUUUUGUUGUCGAAAGGUUAGAGGCUGGGAAUUUCUGGUGGUUUUUUAUAUAUAUAUAUAUAUAUAUAUAUGUAUAUGUAUAGAGGAAGCUCUUAUAUAAAGUGGCCAUUCAUUCUCGAGUGCUGUUGUCUUUGCUCCCUCUGCCCCACAGGCAGCCGUGUGGGUGUUCUCUCGCAGUCUGUCAGCGGUUGCUUGUCAUCCCCUUCCAAAAAUUCAAUGAUCUACUUGCAUUCCACGAGCUGCCCCUUGUCCCCAGCCCCUGCGGCCGGCGCUGGGCUCUGCCUGCCCCAACCUUCCCUUGGAGGAAGGAAAGGAGUCGCAGUGGUGAGGAGGAGGGCAGGGGCCGUCUCUGGAGUGACUUGCGUUGGGGCGGAGGCUGGUUUCCACGUGGUGGACGUGCUCGUCGCUCGAGGUGUGAUAGAACACAUUGGUUUGGGGUUUGUGUUUUUUCCUUCGUUUUCACUCCGUUGUACUUUUCCAAAGUGGGACUCGGUGAGCUCAGAGAGCAAGGGCCAAACCCGCGCUGGAGGCUUUGGAUUGCAACAUCAUGUGUGUGUAUGUAUGUAUAUAUGCACAUAUGUAUAUAUUUAUACAACAGGUGUGCACCUCGUACUUGCUGCUGUUUUUUCUUUGGUGGUAAAAACACGAAAUUUGGCUCGAAGUACUGCUGUGAACUCUCAGCCAGGUGAGCGGAAGGUGUGAGUUUUGCCUGUCCAGAAUUGUGGUUUUUUUCCUUUUGGCUUCAGGGGGAAAAAAAAAAAAACAAAACCAACCAAACAAGGUCUGUCAGGUGAAAUGGCUGGUGGAAGAGGCGCUGGAAGGAUCCUGUUGUAUAAAUAAAUGGGUGGUACCGGCGGGAGAGCUGGGCUGCUGGGGAAGGAAAAGCAAUUUGCUGCUGCCAGGCUCUUCCCUCCUCGCUCGGGAGUUCAGGGCUGCGCGGCGCGCCGCAGGUUGGCUCCGUGAGGACUCGGGGUGCUUGCGGGCCGUAGCGGUGAGGCUGGGCUGCGAUCGGGGCGCUCCUGGUUGUGCUGGGCCGAGCCCACGGCCGUCCCCCCGCUCUGGCCUUUCGCUGCGGGGGCUGUUGCCUGAUGCACAAAACCCCGGGGGUUGCUGCCGGGCAGUAUCGGGGGGAUUCGUGGAUCGCUCGCGCGGUCGGAGUUCUGGUUGUGUCCGUCGUGGUGGAUGAACUCUGAGGUUUGCCAAGUCCCAGGCGCUCGCUGUUUCCUCGCCAGAGCCGGGUGCUGCCCGUCCUUCCCCUCAUCCCACCUUCCCCCGCUUUUCUGGGGCUGGGUGUGGACGCUUUGGUUCGUGUUUUCGCAGACAGCCGAGGCGGUUUAUAUUCAUUUUGCAUGUGAGCAAGGCCCUAAACUAAGUAAUUCAUGGUGGGGUUCGGUUGGAUCGGCCUCUUCAGGCAGCCUGAGGGAGCUGAGGGUGCCGGGAGAGGAUGCGUUCAGCGUUUGCACUGCACUUGGGGUGGGCUGGGGGGAGCCCAUCUUUAAAAAAGGAAAAAAAAAAAAAAAAAGAUUAAAAAAAAAAAACC